GACACACAGCAGGUGAAAGAGGUUUCCCUAAUUGAUGUCUCCCACAGCCACAAGCAAUAAAACACCCACAGUGUCAGCAGCAGGCAUUCAGUCAUGAUGGCUUUCUUCUGGCAGAGAGCUCUGCUGUGGAGCCUGGUUGUUGCCAUGUCAGUCUAUGCAGACAUGAAACUGGACUGCAGGGUGGAUUUUGUGACGCUGGUGUGGACGGAGAGCAGAUCCCAGGCUGAUACGUCUCUGUUUCGUCUGGGGAACUGUUUCCCCUCCAGCAUCACAGCCAGGGAGGCCGUUUUCAGUGUGGAUCUCAAUGAUUGUAACUUCAGGAGGAUGGUUACUGGGAAUAAACUGAUCUACAGCAAUGAUCUCACCUACAUCUCCUCUCCUGAGUCUCACAUUCUGGCCUUCACUGAACCAGUUGUGUGUGCAUAUGAGAGGCCCAAAGACUGGUUCCCAAUGAUUUAUGACCCAGUGUUUAAUACUUUUGGUUAUGGAGAUCUAGUGUUCAGCAUUGGACUUAUGAAUGAUGACUUCUCAGGCCCUGCGGUGUCUACCAGCUUCCAUCUGGGCUCCUUCAUCCCCAUCAUGGCCAGUGUGGUGCAGAAGAGCCAUCAGCCCUUGGUGCUGCUGCUGGAAGAAUGCGUAGCAGCGACCACACCAGAGCUGCAGCCUGACAGCAACCUGUACCCGAUAAUCACCAACAAGGGAUGUCUUGUGGAUAGUAUGACAUCACGAUCAAAAUUCGAACCAAGGCAAAAAUCGUCAGAGAUCCACCUUUCCCUUCAAGCCUUUAGGUUUGCUCUCGGAGAAGAGUUGUUUAUCCACUGCAAACUUGUGGCUUGGGAUCCCAGUGGGCUGGACAACACCAAGAAGGCCUGCCACUAUGUCAAAGACCAGGGCUGGGAGCUGCUGGACAACCCUGAAUAUAGCAAUCUUUGUGACUGCUGUGAAUCCACCUGCAAGUCCAGGAGGACGAGGAGUACAGCACCAGGAAAGCAUGGAAUGGUACAAAAAGCAGUCGUUGGGCCACUCACAAUCACUGAGACUUCUGAAGUUUCCCCAAGGUGUGGAUGAAUCUUAUGGACUGGUUUCUGCAUCUGAAUUGGGUUUUUAUUCUUGCUUUUCAAAGCUUUGUGCCUGUCCAUUUCAGAUCAUAAUGUGGCCAUUAAAGAUGUAUCCAAACCAUUUA